AUUUAUUUAUUGAUUACUGAAGUAGGUUCUCAACUAUUUUGGAUUUCCAAGAACAUCUGAUCAUGGCAGAUUCCAACAGAAGCAAUCAAAAUUCUACCCAGAUUAUGGAUGCAGAAGGCAUUGCAUCUUCCAUUCAAGGAAAGCUUGACCAAUAUCUACCACCACCAAUAUCUGAGUGUUCCAUAUUUAAAGUGCCAAAUAUGCUACGCAGGGAUAAUGAAAAGGCUUUCACGCCGGAGGUAGUUUCGAUCGGUCCAUUUCACCGCAACAAUACGCAGCUGCAAGAAAUGAAAAAUAAUAAGCUACGGUAUUUGAAAUACCUCCUCAAUCGAACAAGAACUACGGAAUUGAAGAGCUUGGUAGAAGCCAUCGAAAGCAUUGAGCAUGAUUGCCGUAAAUGCUAUUCAGAAGUGGGUGAUCUUAGAAGAGACGAAUUUAUAGAGAUGAUGGUGAUUGAUGGUUGCUUUAUCCUUGAAUUCCUCUGUAGAUAUAAGGCCAGAGAUAAGCUGGGAAGAUAUGAAGAACUCGGAAAGAUAUUUUCGGGAAAUAUCGAUGGAACUAAAAGGAGGGGAUGAUCCCGUGUUCAAAACGUCAUGGAUGCCAAGGAAAAUAGUAGCAGACUUGCUUCUACUUGAGAAUCAACUUCCUUGGUGCGUGCUCGUCCGUUUGUUGAACCUCAUGACCAACUCAACAACUGAGUACCAGAACUCCCUACUUGAUGAUCUUGUUGCCAUUCCUUUUUCGACCGAGUAUGGAAUAUUCUAUUACGACGAGGACCGGCGCAAUAGGCUUGGAACACACAAGCAUUUACUUGAUUGCUUCCGAAACUCUUUAGUUGGAUCUCUGCCUAUAAAACAGCCUGAAUCGCUGCCUGCAAGCUCCGUACACCCGAAGUGGAUACCAAUUAAGUCCGUGACAGAGCUUUUGGACUUGGGAGUUGGUUUCUUUCGUGCUCCAGACGGAGGAAACUUCCUUGAUGUAACGUUCGAAGAUGGCAAAAUGAAAAUGCCAGCAAUAGUUAUAGAGGAGAACACAGAAUCUUUGUUUAGAAACCUCAUCGCAUUUGAGCAUUGUGAUCCCAGUAAAGGCUAUGAAAUCACCUCUUAUGCUUCUCUCUUGAAUUGCCUGAUUAAGUCUGACGCAGAUGCACUUUAUCUCAAAAGGAUGGAUAUUCUACAAAUUAUUCGUUCGAGCAAUGAGGACAGAGCAAGUUUCUUAAAGCUGCUUUAUAAUAAUGAUACCAGUUUUCAUGGUUUUCUCUACUCAGACCUCUGCCAAGACAUGAACAAAAUUUAUUCCUCCAGAUUUGCGGUAUGGGCAGCACUUUUAAAGCGCUAUCAUUUGAACGAUCCAAAGGACUUGGUUAAUUUCCUUUACGGAGUCGUACUUUCUGUGUAUCUUUCCCUUAUACAAACAGUUUUUGCUAUACUCUCCUACAAGGCUUCUACAGCCAAGAAAAUGUAGUUGA